GAAUAUGCUGUUCUCAUGUAUGAUGCAUUUGGAAAGAUGGGUAGCAACGUCAAAGGAGGCAAUGCCAACCAGCCUGGCCUGCUGCAACAGUGUCGCUCUGCACACGGUCCUGCCUUCUCUGGACAGUACUGCCAGGUGUUCCUCAGGCAGGAAACAGUCCAGUACUUUGUGGGUAUUUGCGUUCCUGACUCCUGUGGAGAAGACGAUGUGCAUCUGCUGGUGCUGUGUGGGAGACUUCAGUUUGGCCAGAAUUCCCUCAUUCCUCCUUUACCUCCCAUCCUGGUCAAUCAUUCCACUCAGGAGAUGAUCAUGACCCACUGUUUGUCCAACACCAUUGCCCCUGAUGCGUCAGACGUCACCUGUCUGUUUGUGUGUUGUGUAAUGGUAGCAGUACCUCUUGCGGCUACGCUGUUUACAGCUAUAAUAACAUGGCAACGCAACAGGGAGGUCAAUCCAACAGCGGAGUCUGCCUGUCUGAACACCGGCCUCAACCUUUAUGGGACCCUGAAGACAAAUGGCACCUCCAGUGGCGAUAUCAAUAGUGCCACCUCAGAGGACAAUAGCAAUAACAGCAGCAGGCCCAAUCCCAUGUGUUUUCCUCGAAGCUGUGUGCACCGGUGCCUUCAGGCGUUCUCUAUUCAGACCACCAGCCAGGGCGUCCUUAGCACCUCCUCAUCCAUCGCAGGAGGAGGCUACUCCUCCCUCAAUGGCAUCCGUGUCCUCAGCCUGCUGUGGAUCAUAUGUGGACACUCGGCACAGUUCCCUGUAAUAAACAACAUCGAUAAUUACAAAGACUGGAAGAAAACAAUUGAAAGAAACCCUCUGCAUGUGCUAACCAUCAGCGGACCUGUUUUUCUGGCUGUGGACACAUUUUUACUGCUAGGGGGUCUGCUUAGUGCAAGGUCUCUGCUGGGCUCCAUCGACAGAGCUGAAGACAAACUGAGCCCCAGUUUGGUGGCCAGAUACCUCUUCAGGAGGAUUAAAAGGAUUCAACCACUGCAUCUAUUCAUUAUGUGUCUAACCAUUGGGCUCAUUUCGGUGGUCCAGUGGGGACCCUACUGGUUCCCAUUUAUAGAUACGAUGAUGGAUUGUAAGACGUACUGGUGGGCUAAUUUACUGUUGAUAAGCAAUCUCCUCCCGGUCCAUGAGAUAUGUAUUCCUUGGACAUGGUACCUGUCUCUGGACUUCCAGUGUUACGCUACCACUCCUCUGUUGGUCUAUUUUUACAGACUAAACAAAGGUGUGUUUGUGGUUGUUGCUGGAGGCCUUCUGCUGAUGACCACUGUGGCCAGUGCUGUCAUAACUGCACUCCUGCAGCUGCCAGUCUUUCAGCCAUCUACACUAACAUCUGAGAAUUAUGUUUUGUAUUAUUAUGUGAGACCGCACACAAGAUAUGGGCCAUUUUUAAUAGGAAUCUUGACUGGAAUUUAUUUAACAACAAAGAAAGAUCAGCUGCUAAAGCAAAAGUGGCAGGCAGCACUUGGUUGGUUCUGCUGUCUGUCAGUCAUGGCUUCGUUGGUGGGAUUGGCCUACGUCCUCAGGGACACCCCGGCACAUCCAUCUGUGCCACAUGCCCUCUACCAGGGACUGCACCGGCCACUCUGGGCUCUGGCUGUGACCUGGAUCAUCCUGGCCUGUGAGGAGGGUUACGGAGGUUGUAUCAAGAGCCUCUUGUCAUUGAGUUUCUGGGUCCCUCUCUCUAACAUUAGCUUUGCCUGCUAUUUAACACAUCCCGUCUUCAUCAUCCUCUACAUCGGCUUGCAAGAGACCCCGAUUCACUACACAGACAUCAACUUCAUGUACCUGUUCUUUGGCCACCUGCUGCUCACACUGGUGGUCAGCUAUGUGUUCACCCUGCUGGUUGAGAAGCCAUACCUCCUCCUAAAAUGGAGCAGUACAUAA